AUGACGCAGGGCGACAUCUACACAUGUGGUCCCGACGAUACUGUUGACAGCGCCCUGGAGAAGCUGGUGCGCCACCGCGUGACUGGUCUGCCGGUGGUGGACGCCUCCAACCGAGUCGUGGGGGUGGUGUCAGACUCGGACCUGCUGGCGCUGCACAACCUGGGCCGCGUCAAGGACGACAGGCAGAUGUUCCCAGCAGCCGAUGAGACGUGGGCGGCCUUCACAGAGGUCAAGCGGCUGCUGGCCAAGACGAGCGGCAAGAGCGUGCGCGACGUCAUGACCGAGAACCCCAUAACUGUCAAGCCGACUGCAGACCUGGACGAGGCGGCCAGGACCCUGCUCAUCAAGAAGAUCCACCGGCUGCCUGUUGUCGAUGAGGAAGGGCAGCUGGCGGCGGCGGCGCAGCGGCGGCGGCGGCGGCCAGACGCAGCGGCAGCGGAGGGCGCCCUCGCGGCGCCGGCGGCAGCGGCGGCAACAAUGUGGUGGUACAUUGCGUUCGGCAUCGUUUUCAGCGUGUAUGCCAUAGACCUGCUGUUCCUAUUCAUCGCAUCCCUCUUUGCAGCGGUGGUCGAGCACUUCGUGCCGCCGAUCAGCACAGCGGCCUGCCGCGCGGCCAAAAAGCGGCAGCGCCUCGCGGCCGCGAAGCAGCAGCACUCGGGCAUCAAGGCGCGCGCCGCGGCAGACGUCGCCAAGGCGAAUGGCGCCGCGGCCAACGGCCGCGCGGCGGCGGCCGGCGGCAAGAACCCCGACCUUGCCAUCGUCGUCGACACGCGCAGCAACGGCGCGCUGCCCUCGGACCCUGUCAAGCCAUCGGGCGUCCCCGGGGCCGACAAGUACGGCCACCUGACUGACCUGUACCGCGGGGAGUUCCCCAAGGUGAUGAUCCAGCUUCCGAUGUACAACGAGGACGCCCACUGCGACCUCAUCAUCCAGCGCUGCUGCAAGAUCAUGUGGCCCAGCCACCGCAUCCUCAUCCAGGUCUGCGACGACAGCACCCGCGAGGCCGUGCGCAAGAAGGUCGACGCCGCGGUCAUCUCGGCGCUGGAGCAGGGCCACAACGUGCAGCUCGUGCGCCGCGACAACCGCAGCGGCUUCAAGGCCGGCGCGAUGGUUGACGGCAUGAAGCGGGUGGAGGACCAGGGCUUCGAGUUUGUGGCCAUCUUCGACGCCGACUUCGAGCCGCCGGAGGACUUCUUCUACCAGACCAUCGUCCACAUGAUGCGCGACGACAACCUCGCGUUUGUGCAGACCCGCUGGACCUUCACCAACAGCAACAGUCUGCUGACGUGGGCGCAGAAGGUCGGGCUGGAGUUUCACUUUGCGGUGGAGCAGCGCGCGCGGUCGUUCCUGGGGCAGUUCUUCAACUUCAACGGCACCGCGGGCGUGUGGCGCAUUAAAGCCAUCAACGACGCGGGCGGCUGGGAGAGCGACACGGUUGUGGAGGACAUGGACCUGUCGCUGCGCGUGUACCUGCGCGGCUGGCGCUCCCUCUACCUCCACGACGUCUGCUGCCCCAACGAGCUGCCCUCCACGCUCAGCGCCUACAAGACGCAGCAGUUCCGCUGGCUCUCGGGGCCCAUGCAGAUUGUGCGCAAGAGCUUUGCGAACAUCUUCUUCUCCAAGGAGAUCGGCUUCUUCUCGAAGCUCAACUGCUACUGGUUCUUCUGCCGCUACUUUGUGUUCGCCCUGGUGACGCUGGUAGCGCUCCUCGCAUCGCCCAUCGUGCUGUGGCUGGACCCCUGGGUGUGGGGGUUCCCGACGAUCUUCUUCCUCGUCAGCGCGAACGUGGCGGUUGUGGUGUACCUGUACUUCACAAUCCUGUCGUACAUCUUCCUGCUGUUCAGCGUCGUGCUGGGCUACUUCAAGAUGUGGGCAAUGAUCAGCGGCAUCCUGGGCCUGAAGAAGUCCAAGUCCUGGAAGGUGACCCUGAAGUUUGCGGCCAACGACAACAACAGCUGGCUGCGCUCCUACCACAAGCCGUACACCCUCGAGCUCGCCCUGUUCGCCUACUAUGGCGCCAUGCUGGGCAUGAGCAUAUGGACAGAGAACUGGGGGCUCACAGCAUACAACGGGGUCAUGUCGCUGGCGUUCCUCAUUGUGAGCUUCGGCGACUACUUCUUGUAG